ACUCGCUCUCUCUUUCUUCCCCACCACACACUCAACCACCGUCACCGACCGCCUUCGUCAUCGCGUCUCGAAGGAGGUGCGGAUGAGGGCGAGCGAGGCGAGCGUCGAGCCCUAGAGAUCUGGAUCUACCAUGUCGGCCUGCGCCGGACUGGGCAGUCCUCUGCGGAACCGCCCCGCUAUGAUGCGCCUCCGGAGCUCCCGUCACGCCCUCCUGCCGGCCGCGCUGCGUGGCUGCGGCGCCCCUCGAAUCCGCUGCGUCCUCGAUCACGUCGCCGCUCGGAUCGCUGCCUCUCCUCCCCCGAUUGGGACCGUCCUGGCCGCGGGAAACGCGAUAGCCGCCGCGGCCGAGGCCGCUGGCGGUACCGGGGCGGCGCACGCAGCGGUGGGGUCAACGCUCGCGCAGGUAGCCGUGACAGCCGUCGCCAUCGCGUCCGGCGCGUGCCUCUCCACCAAGGUCGAUUUCUUGUGGCCGAGGGUGGAACAGCGACCCGAUUCUCAAAUACUAGAAGGAGUAGAUGUAACAGAAUACCCAAUCUUUAAAGAAAUAAAGGUGCAGAAAGCUAUUGCAUUUGCUAGCAAAGCACAUUUAACUCAAUUUAGGAAAACAGGAGAGCCUUAUGUUACGCAUUGCAUUCAUACCGGAAAGAUUUUAGCCGCUUUAGUCCCAAUGGGCGGAGACAGGGCAGUAAACACAGUUGUAGCUGGCAUACUACACGAUGUAAUUGAUGACACACUAGAAAACUUCAGGACUAUUGAGGGAGAGUUUGGUGAUGAUGUGGCACAUUUGGUUGCUGGUGUUUCAAAACUAAGCUAUAUAAACCAGCUGCUGCGAAGACAUCGACGUGAAAGCAUAAAUCAAAAUACCCUUAGUUCUGAAGAGGCGAAUAACCUACGUGUUAUGCUUUUGGGAAUGGUUGAUGAUCCACGUGUUGUCCUCAUCAAGUUGGCAGAUCGUUUGCAUAACAUGCGAACAAUCUAUGCUUUGUCAACGCCCAAAGCUCAAGCAGUUGCCCAAGAGACAUUGGCAGUUUGGUGUUCUCUUGCAUCUAGAUUAGGUGUUUGGGCUUUAAAAGCUGAACUGGAGGAUUUAUGCUUUGCAGUCCUUCAGCCACAAACAUUCAGGAUGAUACGAGCUGAGCUUGCCUCAAUGUGGGCUCCAGGUAAUAAAGUUCGACAGUUACGGAAACUCUCUACAAAGGCCGACCUUCUUCCCCACUCAAAAGAUGACUGCACAAUAUUACCUGAAAACUGGCCUGUUGAAACCAAUGAAGGAGAAAAUAUGAAGGAUCUUCUACAAGCUGUCCUGCCUUUCGAUCUAUUGCUGGACAGGAGAAAGCGCGCUAACUUUCUUAAUAAUCUGAGGAAAUUAUCAGAAUCACCUGAUGGGAUAACCAAGGGUAUCAGUGACUCUGUUAUUGCUUUAUCAUCUUUAGCAGUUUGUGAGGAAGCACUUGAAAGAGAGUUGCAUAUAUCCACCUCCUACAUACCAGGAAUGGAGGUAUCUUUAUCUAGUCGGCUCAAAAGCUUGUAUAGUGUCUAUUCCAAGAUGAGACGGAAAGGUGUUGGCAUCAAGCAAAUCUAUGAUGCUCGUGCACUAAGGGUAAUUGUCGGAGAUCAAAAUGGGAAGCUGCAUGGACCUGCUGUCAAGAACUGCUACUACCUUCUUGAAAUCGUACAUAAGCUCUGGACUCCAAUUGAUGGUGAAUUUGAUGACUAUAUUAUCAAUCCUAAGCCUAGUGGUUAUCAGUCUCUUCAUACAGCUGUGCAAGGUCCUGAUAACACACCUUUGGAGGUUCAAAUUAGAACACAGCGAAUGCAUGAACAUGCAGAAUUUGGACUUGCUGCUCAUUGGUUAUACAAGGAGAACAAGGUGGACCACAUCAAUACUAGUGAUUCCGCUGCUACUCUCUCUCCCUAUCAAACAAACAUUUCAGAGCAUGAAGUGUAUGCUCAAGAUGAGAGUUCCUGGAAGUACAGUGCUAUUAAAACCGGCCAUCCUGUCCUAAGGGUAGAGGGGAGUCAACUUCUUGCAGCUGUGGUUGUCAACAUAGAUAAUGAUGGAAGAGAGCUACUUAUUGCUGUGAGCUUUCUUGAAGCUUCUGAAGCUGUAGCUGACAGACGAAGUUCUUCUCAAAUGAACCGCUGGGAAAUUUUUGCAAAGCUUUAUAAAAAGGUUUCUGAGCAAUGGUGGUUUGCACCAGGACAUGGUGACUGGUGCACAUGCCUUGAGAAGUAUACAUUAUGCCGAGAUGGGAUAUUUCAUAAGCAAGAUCAGUUCCAGCGUCUAUUACCUACUUAUAUCCAAAUAAUAGAUUUAAUGGAGCAAGAGGAAGCUGAGUACUGGAUGGUUGUUUCUGCUCUAUUCGAGGGAAAAGAGCUUGUCGCCGUUCCAUCUGUUUCCAACUUUGACAAAUCUACUUUCAAUUCUAGUACCUCUGCUCUUCUCGACGAUGAGGUCACCAAUAAGGUUCAUUUUCUUCGUGCGAUGCUUCAAUGGGAAGAACAAGUGUUGAAUCAAGCAGCUUUGCGGGAGAAGAACCGUCGAUCUAGCUUGUACAGUGAAUCAAACCACACAGGUCUUGGCGAAGUUGCGAUUAUACGCUGGCCGCAUGGUGAGAUAAUGAGAAUGAAAUCUGGUAGCACUGCUGCUGAUGCAGCUAGAAGGAUAGGCCUGGACGGGAAGCUCGUGCGGGUGAAUGGACAGCUCGUGUUGCCUCAUACCCAGCUGAAGGAUGGCGAUAUUAUUGAAGUGAGAAUGUAAGUAUUAGUACGAUGUCAAAAUUUCCCUCUAAAUGAAGGUCACAUUGUAUCCUCAUUCGUCCAAAUCAUUCAGUAAACUAGAUUAGCAAAUAUUAAGCUCUUGUACAAAUUUGAUAUUGGAGGAAACAAAAGUUGUAAAUACUGAUAAAGCAAUCAAUAUAAGCUGGUUCAGAUGUGGAUGCUGCCAUUUGUAUAAA